AUGAGGUGGUUAAUUGUUUCUCUCGUAACAACCAUUGUUAUAAGCACUUGUUUUUGUGUCCGUUACGAGCCUAAUUGGGCUUCCAUUGACUCGAGACCUCUACCAGGAUGGUAUGAUGAUGUUAAAUUAGGUAUAUUUAUCCAUUGGGGUGUGUUUUCUGUUCCAAGUUAUUCACGUAAAUUAAUGCCAGCAUGGUUUUGGUUGUAUCUGAGAGAAAUGAAACUACCAGACUAUAUAGAAUUUAUGGAAAAGAAUUACAGACCUGGCUUCACAUACGCCGAUUUUGCUCCUCAGCUGACUGCAGAAUUUUUUGAUGCAAAUCGUUGGGCAGAAAUUUUUCAGUCCUCUGGGGCAGAAUAUAUAGUAUUUACCGCUAAACAUCAUGAAGGAUACACCAACUGGCCUUCAAAAUAUUCUUUCAAUUGGAAUUCUAUGGCAGUUGGUCCUCAUAAAGAUAUAGUUGGUGAACUGGCAGCUGCAAUCAAGAUGAAUACAUCCCUACAUUUUGGAUUGUAUCACUCUUUAUUUGAAUGGUUCAACCCCCUUUACUUACAAGAUAAAGCAAACAACUACACAACGUCUUAUUUCGUAGACCGAAAAACUUUACCAGAAUUAUAUGAAUUAAUAAACACUUAUCAACCUGAAGUUAUUUGGUCUGAUGGCGAUUGGGAGGCAAAUAGUUCUUACUGGAAAUCUACGGAAUUCUUAGCUUGGCUUUAUAAUGAUAGUCCAGUAAAAGAUACAGUUGUCACCAAUGAUAGAUGGGGUAAAGAUUCCACAUGUCAUCAUGGCGGGUAUCUGACAUGCGCAGAUAGGUAUCAACCAGGGAAACUACAGAAAAGAAAGUGGGAAAAUGCUAUGACUAUUGAUGGCCAGGCCUGGGGUUUUAGAAGAGAUGUAACUUAUUCACAGUUUCUGUCCAUCCAUACAUUGAUUUCUACAUUUGUAGAAACUGUCAGUUGUGGAGGGAAUAUGUUAAUGAAUGUUGGACCAACCAAAGAGGGUUUCAUAGACCCUAUAUUUGAAGAGAGACUUUGGCAAUUUGGUGAAUGGAUGAAAGUCAACGGCGAAGCUAUCAGAGGUACCAGACCAUGGAAAGCACAGAAUGACACCAUUAACUCUAACAUUUGGUACACUAUGAAAGGAUCUGAUGUGUAUGCUAUAGUUUUGGAGUGGCCACAAGGUGAUACAUUAACUCUUGGUUCACCAAUACCAUCAACAAGUACCACAAUUAAUUUACUAGGUUAUCCUGAUCAGUUUCAAUAUACUACAAGACCUAGUGGUGGUAUUGAUAUCAAGAUUCCACCCAUUCCUGCAAAUAAAAUGCCAUGUCAGUGGGUGUGGUCAUUUGUUAUAACUGGUUUGAUGAAUUAA